AUGGAGGAGCAGCCGAAGGAGGGCGAGGCCGGGGUCGCGGAACACUGGUUCUCCAAGUGGGAGCGCCAGUGCUUGGCCGAGGCCGAGCAGGAAGAGCAGUUGCCCCCCGAGCUGCAGGACGAGGCGACCGCUGAGGCAGCGGGGCUCAAGAGAGAGCAGCAGAGGCUGUGGCACCUCUUUCAGAUCUCGGCCACCGCAGUGGCCCAGCUCUACAAGGAUUCGGGGUGCCCACAGCCAGAACUCUCUAUGUGGGACCCCUUCCAGAGUGCGGCCAUGGCCGUCACCAGCCUCUACAAAGAGAGCGGGGAUGCCCAUCAACGAAGUUUUGACCUGGGUGUGCAGGUUGGCCACCAGCGUCGCAUGAAAGAUGUGCUGGAGUGGGCGAAGAAGGGCCGGAGCACCAUUCUCCGAGAAGAUCUGAUUAGCUUCCUGUGUGGCAAAGUGCCCCCUGUUCCUCCCCCAUCUCGCUCCCCUAGGACGCCCCCGAAGCCACCCACCGGAGCCCCCAGCCAGGCCACGGCCACCGAAUCCAGCUCGUCGGUGGACGUCGACCUGCAGCCCUUCCACGAGGCUGUCGCCUUGCAUGGCCUCAGUGGUGCCAUGGCAAGCAUCAGCGUGAGAUCUGGAGCACCCGGCUCCCCGCCUCAAGCCAGUGGCGUUGCCAGCAGUUACGCUAGUGGCGGGCUCCGAAAAAGUAGCAUCCUUGAGGACGGCUUGAACUCCAACGACUCAGAAGAACUGGCCCUCCGCCUGGACAUUGAGGGGACGCGCAAACGCACCUCGGACCAGUGCGGUGAUGGCAUCUCAGACUCUCCAACCCACAAGCGCACCCGAAUGGUCUAAACUGCCUCUUUGGUAGCCCUCCAACAUAUGGCUUGAAAGCUAACUCAGCCUUCAAUGUGCUUGUUGAAAAGAUACUCCAGGCCAUCUCUUGUUUCUAUAAAUUUAACUGAGAUUUCUACCGAGUUUGCCAUAAAGAAACUUUAAAAGUAUUUCAGAAGAGGCCUCAUGUACUUCUGACUCUCCCCCAAAUAAAAUAUUAGCAGAGAACAAGUAGUUAGCAAGAAUAUUUAAAGCAGCAGUGUCCAGUCAUGGUGGGAGCCUGGUUUAUCUUGUUCACAGUUAUAUUCCUUAGCAUCUAG